UCGCUCAGUUCCCGCCGCAUGUCGAGACCGCCCCGCCUCGCAUGUGGACGCUCGACGACUCCGACUCCCCGUCCGCGUCAUCGUCGUCGUCCGCCCUGGCAGAGUGGGGCGUUUGGGUGCGUGACGGGGCGGUGGCGGAAGAAAGCGCCGAUGAGCUGCGCGCGGAGAUCUUGGGAUGCUUUGAGGCGGGGCUGUUGCAGCAGAGCGGCAACAAGUUGGCCUUGAAGGACCCAUCCGGCGCGCGCACGGGCGCGGCGCUGGCCAAGCGGAACGUCUUCGAGGCCGACGUGGUGGCGGAGGGCGCGGUGCAACUCCCGGAGCUGCUGAACAGAAGCCCGCGGCUGCGGCAGCUGCUGGAGGACGAGCGGCUCCGGGAGGCCUUGCAGAACCCUUGGCUGAAGCUGCAUCGCCUCGAGCAGGCCAAGAUUCAGGUGAACGUGGGGGGCGGCGGCGCUUUCCCCUGCCACUUCGACCUGCCAAAUGCGGCCACUGCCACGCGGGUGCUCACUGUGCUGCUGUACCUCAACCCGGCCUGGCAGGAAGGCGAUGGCGGCGAGGUGGAGGUCCUACCGUUGCCCUUCGCGGCUUUGCCCUUGGCGCCACUGCAUGGGCGACUGGUCGCUUUCUCCUCCUGCACCUCGCUGCACCGCGUGCGGCCCUUUUCUGGCGCGCAGCCGCGGGUGUGCAUCAACUUCUGGUUUGAGGGCGAGGCGACUCUGCCCUUCCCACAGCCGCUCACGGACGAGAGCUACGACCCGCGCGCCCUGAGGAUCCUGCGGAUCCUGCGGCAGCAGCCGGCGGAGCUGCGGGCCUUUUGCAAGGUCUGGUACAGCGACAUCAUGGUGCAGUCGCUGCGGGACACCUUCGAUCCCUGUGAGGAGCUGGAGGCCGCCAUCGCGCUGCACUUCGAGGAGAUGGCGGCGGUGAAGCUUCGCAUCGCCGGCUCUGUGCUGGAGAUCUUCCGGGAGUGUCUCCCGUUCAGCCCACCGGCUUCCUCGCGAAAGGACGAGGACGAGGAGGCGGAGGAGGCGGCGGAGUUGGGCGGGUUGUUUGACGGCCUCUGAGGCCGGCCCAGGUCGGCCCAGAUGGAAUCCCCCCAUGGAGCCAUACUGUGGAU